AAAAUGAAAAAAAUGGAUAGGAGCUAGUCUUGAAUUGGACAGGUAGAAGGGGAAAUUAAAACCAUGGGUGCAAUUUUUCCCUGCCCGAUGCCUCCUGGUCCCCUCGAUGGCACGGAGCCCCCCUGAGAAGCACAACAGAGCAGCCCAUGGACCAGCACAAGGGCAGAUGUUCCGGACGGCAGGGGAUGCUAGAGAAGAGGGCCAAGCAACGUCUGAAGAGCUUUCUUCUGCUGUCCUGUUAAUGCACUGUGUGUCUUCAUGGGCUGAGAGUCUGUAAAAACAAGAUCCAUCAGGAAGCUUUAGUACAUUGAGAUACAACAAUGAUGGUCCAUAUGCUACUCCGGUGGAUUCUAAAAGGGCUUUUUCUCUCUUUUCUGCUCAAAACGACUCUGUCCCUAAAUCCAGAUGAUCCAAAUGUUUGUAGUCAUUGGGAAAGCUACGCUGUGACAGUACAGGAAUCUUAUGCUCAUCCUUUUGAUCAGAUCUAUUAUACAAGAUGUACUGACAUACUGAACUGGUUCAAGUGCACUAGACACAGAAUAAGUUAUAAAACAGCCUAUCGGAGAGGACUGAGAACGAUGUAUCGGCGAAGAUCCCAGUGCUGCCCUGGAUAUUACGAAAGCGGAGACUACUGUAUACCACUUUGCACAGAGGAGUGUGUGCACGGAAGAUGUGUUUCUCCUGACACUUGUCAUUGUGAACCAGGAUGGGGAGGUACUGACUGCUCUAGUGGGUGCGACAGCGAUCACUGGGGACCCCACUGCAGCAACCGCUGCCAGUGCCAGAACGGGGCUCUCUGCAACCCCAUCACGGGCGCGUGCGUCUGCGCCGACGGCUACCGCGGCUGGCGCUGCGAGGAGCUCUGCGACGCCGGCACCUACGGCAAGGGCUGCCAGCUGCAGUGCCAGUGCCGCAACGGCGCGACCUGCGACCACACAACGGGGGAAUGUCACUGCGCACCCGGAUACACGGGGGUCUUCUGUGAAGAGCGCUGUCCCGCCGGCAGCCACGGAGCGCAGUGCGAACUGCGCUGCCCCUGCCAGAACGGGGGCAUCUGCCACCACAUCACCGGGGAGUGCUCCUGCCCGCCCGGCUGGAUGGGGCUGGUGUGUGCCCAGCCAUGUCCUCCUGGAACGUUUGGAGUAAACUGCAGCCAGGACUGUCCGUGCCACAACGGAGGACACUGUGACCCUGUGACAGGAAAAUGCCUCUGUACAGCCGGGUACAUGGGAGACAGGUGUCAAGAGGAGUGUCCUAUUGGGACGUAUGGCUUCCAGUGCACUCAAAGAUGUGAUUGCCAAAAUGGUGCCAAGUGCUACCACGUAAAUGGAGCAUGUAUGUGUGACCCUGGAUUUAAAGGGAUUUAUUGCCAAGAAAGAAUGUGUCCAGAAGGGUUUUAUGGCCUCAAAUGCGACAAGAGAUGUCCUUGCAGUACUACUAACACCCUCAGUUGCCAUCCCUUGUCUGGAGAAUGUAGCUGCAAAGCUGGCUGGGCCGGCCUCUACUGCAACGAAACGUGUCCGCCUGGAUCCUACGGCGAAGGCUGCCAGCUGAGCUGCCCAUGCCACAACGGUGCCGACUGCGACAGCCUUACAGGGAAGUGUUCCUGCGCACCAGGCUACCUGGGAGAUGACUGCUCCAUUAUGUGCAUGGCAGGAACCUACGGUACCAAUUGCUCAUCUGUUUGUGAUUGCAAAAAUGAUGGUGAAUGUUCCCAUGUGGAUGGCCUAUGCAUUUGUAAGGAAGGGUGGCAAGGAAUUGAUUGCUCCAUUCCAUGCUCCAGCGGAAGCUGGGGUCUUAACUGUAACCAGACAUGUUACUGCAGCAACGGAGCAGCCUGCAGGCCAGUCGAUGGCUUUUGCCUCUGCUCCCCGGGGUGGCAAGGAGACUACUGUGACCAGCCGUGUCCGGACGGAACAUAUGGUCUUAAUUGCAGUGAACGUUGUGACUGUAGCCACGCAGAUGGAUGUGAUCCUGUCACCGGUUACUGCUGCUGUCUUGCUGGAUGGACAGGCAUCCACUGUGACAACGCGUGUGCUCAGGGACGCUGGGGACCAAACUGCUCCAUCUCCUGCAACUGUGAGAACGGGGGGUCCUGCUCACCUGAGGACGGGAGCUGUGAGUGUGCACCCGGAUACAGAGGACCCAUGUGCCAGAGAAUUUGCCCGCCCGGCUUUUACGGGCACGAGUGCAGCCAGGCAUGCCCGCAGUGCGUGCACAGCAGCGGGCCCUGCCACCACGUGUCGGGACACUGCGACUGCCUGCCCGGCUUCGCCGGCCCGCUCUGCAGCCAAGUCUGUCCCAGUGGCAAGUUUGGCAAGGACUGUGCUGAGGACUGUCAGUGCACCGAGAACGGGACGUGCAACCCUAUUGACGGAUCGUGUCAGUGCUUCCCAGGCUGGAUAGGAAAGGACUGCUCGCAGACUUGUCCCGCUGGUUUUUGGGGCCCCGAUUGCUUCCAUUCCUGCAACUGCCACAACGGAGCAAUGUGCAGCCCUUACGACGGAGAGUGUCGAUGUACCCAUGGUUGGACUGGGCUCUACUGCACUCAGCGUUGCCCAGCAGCUUUUUAUGGAAAAAAUUGUGCCAAUGUCUGUCAGUGUCAGAACGGAGCAGACUGCGACCACAUCACAGGGCAGUGCACGUGCAGGACGGGUUUCACAGGCAAACAGUGCGAGCAAAAGUGCUCACCAGGGACAUUUGGUUACGGUUGCAAACAGCUCUGUGAGUGCAUGAAUAACGCCACGUGUGACCACGUCACAGGGACCUGCUACUGCAGUCCUGGCUUCAAAGGAAUCCGGUGUGACCAAGCGGCUCUUAUGAUGGAAGAAUUAAACCCCUAUACUAAAAUUAGCCCUGCUCUUGGAUCAGAGAGGCACUCAGUGGGAGCAAUCAUUGGAAUUAUUAUUCUCCUUCUAAUUAUUAUGGUCUUGCUGGCACUGUUUGUGUGGUAUCGACGGAAACAGAAGGAGAAGGGCCAUGACAUGCCAAGUGUAUCUUAUACUCCAGCCAUGAGGAUGACUAAUACAGAUUACUCACUUUCUGGUGCUUGUGGGAUGGAUAGACGUCAGAACACAUACAUAAUGGAAAAAAGCUUCAAAGAUUACAUGAAGGAGUCUGUGUGCAGCUCCAGCACUUGUUCCCUCAACAGCAGCGAAAACCCCUACGCCACCAUCAAAGACCCCCCCAUUCUCACGUGCAAACACUCGGAGAGCAGCUACGUGGAGAUGAAGUCCCCCGGCCACAGGGAGUCCCCGUACUCAGAAAUGCCGACGUCAGCCACGGCCACAAAGAACAUCUACGAAGUUGAGCCCACGGUCGCCGUGCUCCAGGAUGCCGCCCGUGGCCGGAGCACCGCUUACCUCCACAGCCCAUACGACCUGCCUCGCAACAGCCACAUUCCCAGCCACUACGACCUGCUCCCCGUCCGGCACAGCCCCACGCACGGGCCCUCUUGGGACGCGCAGUCCUAAAGGGAGGAACUUCUCGGGCACGGCGCGCUGCGGAUCCCGCGGAAGGGAAGGCGCCCUCCCUUUCGGCGCUGCAGGACGUCGGCACCGCGGCGCUGCCGCCCGCGAGGACCCGCCGCAGCAGGACCUGGGCCUGGGCCAACAGCUGCAUGGCCUUAUUUAAAAGGCCCUUUUUAAAUGGGCCACAGGAACAAGGGGACCCUCCCGAUGCGGAGCUGGGACACGUCACCUGAGCAAGGUGCA